CUGAAGGACUCAUGUAUCGAGGAUAUGUGACGUCAGACCUAAACAAAAAACAAGAUGGCGAUGUUCGAGAGGCAUUUUGUCCUACUCUUGUCAUGGGAAAAUAAAUGAACAUUUUGUUUUACAGAUAUUCUGAUAAAGGGAGACUGGCAUCAAAGGUAUUGUCUCCUAGCUGUCAUCUCAAGUUGCCAUCAUGAUCCUGUCUCGCCUUAAGCCCGCCGUGGGGGGAGAGACGGCCACCAGCGUUAGCGAGAAGAAGAAGAAAAACAAAAGCAAGAUUCCCACUUUGGAAGAAUAUCUGCAGCAAAGAGACUACCUUGGAGCACUAACUCUUUUGGAGUUCCAAAGAAGUAUUGGAGAACAAGAGGAGAAUACAGACCUUUGGAUUUGCUUCUGCGCCUUUCACUUGGGGGAUUACAAAAGAGCUAUGGAGGAGUACAAGGCACUGACUGCAAAGCCUGACUGUCCUCCAGAUGUUUGGGUCUAUCUGGGUUGUGUCAUGUUUUUUCUGGGCCUCUAUAAAGAAGCUGAGGAGGCUGCAUCGAAAGCUCCAAAGUCCCUUCUCCAAAACCGACUCCUCUUCCAUUUGGCUAAUAAGUUCAACGAUGAGAAGAAGCUAAUGGACUUCCACCAGAACCUGGAAGACGUGACGGAGGACCAGCUGAGCUUGGCCUCCAUUCACUACAUGCGCUCGCACUACCAGGAGGCCAUUGAAAUCUACAAACAUCUCCUCAGGCAUAACAUAAGCUUCCUCGCGAUGAAGGUGUACGUGGCUCUCUGUUACUACAAGCUUGGCUACUAUGACGUGUCGCAGGAGGUUCUGACGGCGUACCUUCAGAACAUCCCCGACUCAACCAUCGCCCUCAACCUCAAAGCCUGCAACCACUUCAAUCUCUACAACGGCAAAGCAGCCGAGGCCGAGCUGAAGAACCUUAUCAACAUCUCCUCCUGCUCCUUUGAGUUUGCCAAGGAGCUUAUCAGACACAAUCUGGUGGUGUUCCGCGGUGGCGAGGGGGCGUUGCAGGUGCUCCCCCCGCUGAUCGACGUCAUCCCCGAAGCUAGACUCAAUCUUGUCAUUUACUACCUGAGACAAGAUGAUGUCCAAGAAGCUUACAAUCUCAUACAAGACUUAGUGCCUGCGACACCUCAGGAGUAUGUUUUAAAAGGGGUGGUCAACGCUGCGUUGGGACAACAGCUUGGAACGAGGGAUCACUUAAAAGUGGCCCAGCAGUUCUUCCAGUUGGUCGGAGGCUCGGCCAGCGAGUGCGACACUAUUCCCGGCAGACAGUGCAUGGCUUCCUGCUUCUUCCUCUUGAGGAAGUUUGAUGAUGUGCUCACAUACCUCAACUCAGUCAAGACUUACUUCUACAACGACGACACGUUUAACUUCAACUAUGCUCAGGCCAAGGCAGCCACUGGGAAUUUCAAAGAAGCGGAAGAGAUAUUCCUUCUAAUUCAAAGUGAGAAGAUCAAAAGUGACUAUGUAUACCUCAGCUGGCUGGCCCGCUGUUACAUCAUGAACCAGAAGGGUCGUCUCGCCUGGGAGCUUUACUUGAAGAUGGGCACUUCCUCGGAUUCCUUCAGUCUGCUUCAGCUCAUCGCCAAUGACAGCUACAAGAUGGGCCAGUUCUACUAUGCAGCCAAAGCAUUUGAUGCACUGGAGAAAUUGGACCCAGGCUCCAACUACUGGGAGGGCAAAAGAGGGGCAUGUGUUGGCAUCUUUCAGCUCAUUUUAGCCAACAAAGAGUCCAAGGAGACACUUAAGGAGGUGGUGCUCCUGCUGCACAAUUCCGGAAACCCGCAGGUGGAAUACAUCAUCCGAGCCAUGAGGAAGUGGGCCAAAGACAACAGAGUCUUCCUCUCGUGACCGAUUCUUAAUUUGUGUGUGAACACCACGCACGUCAAUGAAUACAUGUUUAAACUUGUUGUAUCUGGUAAAGCUGUUUAGUUUUGUACCAAAAAGACUUGUGUUUUUACCAAAUAUAUAUAUAUAUAUAUAUAUAUAUAUAUAUGCAGUUUAAUUAGGAGCCCUGAGUGUACUGUUUUUACAUCUCUGAGUGGCUUUAAUCAGUAGAUUCAAAUAAUGAAAAAGCAAAAAAAAAGUUUGCAGGGAUAAAAAGUAAUUAAAUCGACCACUAAUGUUUUACAAAUACAUACCGACCUAAUGACAAAUAACAUAUCUGCAGGGUGUCAGAAAUGAAACGUAUGUAAAGGAAUAAUAGACAAAUACAAAAAAAUAAAUAGUAGUCCUUACUGAACUGCUGGGUUAGCAAAUCAAGAGCUUUUAUGGAAAUGGUAUGAUAAAGACAAUGGACAUAGUGCAAUUUUUCCUUCAGGCUGGAAAUAAGCUUCUCAAAAACCUUACAACACAAUGAAAGUUAUUAAUAAGCCGAAAACAACCCCAAAAUUAGUUCUCUCGCCCUUUCUGCCAUCCAAAUACUCAAAGGCUUAGAAUUGAAUCAUUCCUAAAGUAGUUUUCUCCACACCAUUUUAUGGGGGCUGAAUUACGUAACAGUUACCACUAUAAAGCCACAGACACUCCCAAACAAGCAUGCAAAAACAUUUUUUCUUUUGGUCAAACGAUCCCGUUGGACUUGAAGCAAAAAAAAAAAAAAGGCACGUGUCCAAGCACCCCCAUGCUCCCCCUUUGCAUGUUCGUGUGCGUGUAAUCGACGCAGCGUAUUACCUGCCACAGUGGGGGUUCAAUUCAGUAUUGGCUUUGUUCUGAGCCCCCCACCCAUCCGAUCCUAAUCCAGCCUAUGGUAUCACUAUCAUGUUUUAAAUCGUGCCAUGUACGCACACACUGAUGAGUCAACAUAUGUUGCCGUUGUCAUGUGAAAACAAGCAUUGAGAUGAUCACGGCUGCCAUUCAACUGCCAUUGUUGAGGAAAUAAUUGCUGCACUCAGCAUUUUCUUCGCCGGAUACGUUAAAUCAUGAAUUAUUUGCCAUUCGUUUAUGAGACGUCACGGUGCAACGUGUGCGAUUCUUUUGACCGGUGUGUCCUUCCGCUCGACUCUUUCAAAAGGUCAUUAAAGUACUGUAGUAGUAA